GUCGAUUCGUAGCUAUGAAAUGGGGUCAAAUGAAAGCGAUUUCAUUGGUUUAAAGCAACGGACAGAUGUAAGUGAAACUCGUUUCUCCCGUUCCCUUUCGGCAGAAUUCAGUGGAAGGAGCAACUCCAAAAAAAGUGUAUAAAUAUCCCCACUCGAACUGGCAACCAGUAUUCUCGACGGUGUUUUCGUUUAAUCAACUUACAUUUGCUCUCAUCAAUUCAACAUGACUGGUCGUGGUAAGGGAGGAAAAGGAUUGGGAAAAGGAGGAGCCAAGCGUCAUCGUAAAGUUCUUCGUGAUAACAUCCAAGGUAUCACCAAACCAGCUAUCCGUCGUCUGGCUCGUCGUGGUGGAGUCAAGCGUAUCUCUGGGCUUAUCUACGAAGAGACUCGUGGUGUUCUCAAGGUCUUCCUCGAGAACGUCAUUCGUGAUGCCGUCACGUACACUGAACACGCCAAAAGAAAGACAGUCACUGCUAUGGAUGUUGUCUACGCAUUGAAACGUCAAGGACGCACUCUCUACGGUUUCGGAGGUUAAAUUCAUAUUCACUCUUCAAAAAAUAAACAAAACGGCCCUUUUCAGG